GCGUGGCUGGACUCAAUGAUAUAGACGAAAAUAUUGGAAAUCGUAAAUGCAUGACUGGUCAUUCAAACUAGAACCCGAUGCAGCAAAACAUUAGACAUUAUUCCGAUGUCGGCACAAAGCAGACUCGAUGAAUACUUCAAAAAGAAUUACUACACUGUAUGCGAAAAAUCGACAAGUUUCAUGAGUUCAACAGAUUUUAUUGUCUAUCCUCUUCAACUUUCCACAAUUCUGAAUAUUCCUUUAUUUGUUCUAGCAGGGUACUGUAUAUUACAGAAAACACCGAAAUCAAUAGGUUCUACUAAAUGGGCAUAUUUCAAUAUGCACAUUUGGAUGUGCUUACAAAGUUUAUUAACAAGUACGUUACUAACACCUAUCACGUGGCUGCCAACAAUCGGAUCAUCUAUGAUGGGUCUAUUUUCAUAUAUUGGAGUGCCAGAAACUGUGCAGUUUUAUUUAUUUGUAAUUGUAAUGUUUGUUACUAUGUCGUCAGUAGUGUCACCUUUUGAAAAUCGACAUAACGCAAUUCAACACAAUACACUUCGAAUUUCAACAUCCUGGGUUCGAUACUUGGUUACUAGUGCCAACUAUUUGGUUUCUUUCAGUUUUCCGAUUCCAUUUUUGUUUAAUAUCCCAAACCAGGAAUCAGCAAAACUCCUCAUUUUACAAAAUGUACCUUGUCCACAAGAGGAAUUCUUCACUUUGAGUGUUUUCUCAAUAUCUACAGAUGCUAACUUUAGAUUGAUAUACAUGGUUUCAAUGCUCAUAUUUCUAUGUUCUACAUUCGUUCAACUUUUAUUUUAUGCAUUCACUUGCUUACGAUAUCUUGUCUUUUCAAAAUCAAGUAGCUUUUCAAAAAGAACAAUCGAACUGCAGAAAAAGUUUUUUAUUGGAAUUCUCAUUCAAGUUCUUGUUCCAUAUGCAUUCAUAGUGCCUUCAGUGUCAUAUUGCUGCUAUUCGGUUUAUUCGAAUUAUUAUAAUCAAAUGCUCAACAACUUUUUCGUUUUGGUUUUCAACUUCUAUGGAACGGUAUCAACAAUAGGACUUAUAUCUUGUCAUACAGCGUAUUGGAAGUUUGCGAGAAAAUUGAUAAUGUUUAAGUCGAGAACAGAUUUGGCGAGUAAUAUUUCGGUGUCAAGAAACAAUCAAAUACAAUAGGAGUAAAAAAAUUACCUUUAAUCACCAAUGAAAAUUUGCAAUGUCA